UCCGUUUCUCCGCUUACAAAAUAAAUAUCUACACUAACAAACAGACUCUAGAUUGUUCCUUCACACGCCAUUUGCAUUCUUCUCUCUCUUCACUAUCCAACGAAUCUCUCUCUCUCUAAAACAAUGGCUCAGGAAGACGUUGCUGCUGCUAACGGUGCUACUACGGCGGUGGAGAAGGCCGUUACCUUCACGGCGUACAAGCCUCAGCUGAUUGUGGAAGCACACAAGGUCGGUGACGCUGUUGCUUUCUACAAGGCGGUGUUUGGUGCCGUGGAGACUGGACGCUCUCUCUACCCCAAGCGUAAGGCUGACCAAGAGCUCCCUCACCUCGUCUCUUCCGAGCUCGAGCUCGCCGGAACCACCGUCGUUGUUUCUGACGUCUCUGAUGCGAAGACGGGGACUAUGCCUGCGAUCCUCGAGACUGAUGACGUGGAAGCUGCGGUUGCGAAGGCCGUUGCGGCAGGAGCUGUCAAGGUGGAGGAGGAGGUUGGAGGUGAAGGUGAAGGUGGAGUCAAGGGGAAAGUGACGGAUCCGUUCGGGUUCACGUGGAUCUUUGUUGCUCCGGCGAAGAAGAGUGAGGAGGAAGGAAACAAAGAGGUCUAACUGUCAACCGUCGGUUUCUGAAAAAACUUUUUAAUAUUAUUAUCCUAUGCUGCUUUUAUUAGUUUGUCUUUUGUGGAAUCUCCGGUAUGAGUAAACCGGAUUGAUUAGGCUAAUGACUUUUGUUCUUCACCACCUUUUGACAUAAACUUGGUGAAAGAAAUAACAAAAAUAUCGGAUGUUAAUGUUUUGUUGAUUAUGCUUAUUAGUGGCUUAACUAUUUUCCAUCA